AUGCCUGUACCAAAUCCAGAUGUCGAGAACCCCCACGCUGAGACUGUCCACACCGAGCGGAAGCAGUCAAGCAGGAAUGAAAGCUUCAAUGGCGAAAAAGCGGGCCGCAGGGCCUCCACAGCUGCCCUCCUUCGAAAUCCACUCGCGGGUAUGACCCGCGAGGAAGUACUUGCAGACGUUGAUGCAUUUGUCGAAGAAAAGGGGCUCACGGAUGAUCGUGAAAUUUUUCGAAAGGGAGCCCUGAUUGCACAGCUUAACAACGUCAAAGAUGGGUUCGAAACCAUUGAUGUUCUUGGUGAGACAGAGAAGGAAGUGCUACGAAUGGAGGAAACUCAUCGCUGGCACCAACCAUUCAUGCUCUACUUCUUAUGCAUCUUGUGCGCCGGAUCUGCCAUCGUUCAAGGCAUGGACCAAUCAGCCGUGAAUGGUGCCCAGGAAUUUUACUACGAGGAGUUCAACAUCCGCGACCCCUACUUGCAAGGCCUCAUGAACGGUGCCCCAUAUGCUUGUUCUGCUCUGAUCGGGUGCUGGACGAACCCGUGGCUCAACAAGAUUGGAGGCCGUCGAUUCACGAUUUUCUUUUCCUGCGGAAUGUCUGUGAUCACAGGAAUCUGGAUGGCGGUGGCAAACAACUUUGCAAACCUCCUCAUUGCUCGCUUCUUCUUGGGCUUUGCCGUAGGCGCCAAGUCAUCCACCACGCCAGUGUACUCCGCCGAGUCGGUACCAAAGACUAUCAGAGGCGCCCUGACAAUGAUGUGGCAGAUGUGGACAGCUUUUGGAAUCGUCCUAGGCUUUGUCGUGUCGGUGGCGUUCCAGAACACGACUUUCCUAGGCGAAAACUCUCAAUGGCGAUGGAUGCUUGGAUCUACCAGUAUACCGCCACUGGUUGUCAUGGCUCAAGUCUACUUCUGCCCGGAAAGCCCGCGCUGGUACAUGGAGAAGGGCAAGUACGGCCAGGCGCUGAACUCUCUGACACGAUUGAGGAACCAUCCAGUCCAGGCGACGCGGGAUAUGUACUACGCGCACAAGCUGCUUCAAAUCGAACGACGAGAGCGCGAAGGGCGUAACUUGCUAAAAGAGUUCUUCAUGGUUCGCAGGAAUAGGCGCGCGGCUCAGAGCGCGUGGUUCACCAUGUUUAUGCAGCAAUUCUGUGGUGUGAACGUCAUCGCAUACUACAGCACAAGUAUUUUCCAGAAAGCUUCUUACACCCGGUCCCAGGCAUUGCUUGCCUCCAUGGGGGGAGGCUUGAUCAACUGGAUCUUUGCCAUUCCAGCAAUUUACACCAUCGAUACGUUUGGUCGGCGCAACCUUCUGCUGACCACGUUUCCGCUCAUGUCAGUCUGUCUCUUCUUCACCGGAUUCGCCUUUUAUAUACCGAACCAGCAGGCACAGCUGGCCUGUGUCACCACGGGCCUCUAUCUUUUCAUGGCGGUAUACUCCCCCGGCGAAGGGCCUGUGCCAUUCACAUACAGCGCCGAGGCUUUCCCGCUUCACAUUCGCGACAUUGGAAUGAGUUCCAGCACAGCUGUCACGUGGGGCUUCAACUUCAUCAUCAGUUUCACGUGGCCUCCACUUGUAGAGGCGUACGGCGAUACUGGGGCAUUCUGUUGGUACGCCGGCUGGAAUCUGUUUGGCUGGGCUUUCGCGUACUUCUUCCUGCCUGAGACGAAGAGCCUCACGCUGGAAGAGCUUGACAACGUCUUCAGCGUGAAAAACAGAGACCACGGAGGCUAUUACCUACGAAAGCUGCCGUGGUAUGUCAACAAGCACGUGCUGCGUCGGGAUGUUGAUGCCUUCCCUCCGCUAUACCAGUUCGCCGAAGAACGGGUGCACGAAGAGAAACAUGGUUAUAUUGCCCAGCAAGGCAGCUCGGACUCGGAAAAGGGCGUACGUACCGAUGCCCGGGAGUAG